AUGCCGCCAUCCUCACUCAGACCGAUCCGCUUGGCAACCGUCAUGCGCGGGCUAUACGCCUACCUCCAAAACGGAGCCUAUUUCUACCCAUACGACGGACCAAAACGCAACACUAGUACAACGUUCGAAACGCUGCAGUUGGCUGCAUCGGGACCCAUGUGGAAGUGUUUCCUUUUCGCAAAAGCUCCAAACGUAAACGAACCCAUGCGCGCACCCAACCCAGCCACUGGGCUUCCUCUUAAGCGCAUACUGCCUGUGCAAAAGACCGACGAUGUCGCAAAACCAAAGAAGGCUCAAUCGCUUCAUCGCUUCACUGCCACACUCGAAGGCAUACUCCGCAACGCCGCCAUCACCAGUCACGCCGAUCCGGUUGGCAACCGCCAUACGCUGCCUAUAUACGCCUACCGCCGAACGGACCUGAUUAACCAAGGCGAUCGACCAAACCGCAACCUUAGUGCCAACAUCAAAACGAUGCAGUUGGCGUCAUAG